AUGGCGCUGGCAGCAGUAGGUCUCGAAGCUGUUGUCGUUGAUCUCGCACCCCUCCGUGCUGGCGCAAUCGAUGAUGGCCCCGCAAAAAUCCGGACACCGUGUCGCCUGGUUGACGUGAUCGAGCGUCUGGUAGCCGCCGGACGUGCACGGCGCCGAAAAGCACGAGGGCGCCGGGAUGCCAUCCUUGUCGGAUCGGAUGCACGCACACAAAGGAUCGCCGGGUGCCGCCACCGUCUCACAAUAUUUGCGCAUGGUCGGAUCACACAGGGCCUUGUUCUCGACCUUGGAGCAGAACAGCUGACACGUCGGUCCGGCGAUGUUGUCGGUGCUCGCGCAGUAGUCAUUGAGGAUGCCCUUGCAGUCGUCGCUCCACGGGCACCACGAGUUGCCGCAGUCGUAAAAGUUGUGCACAUCGAGCGAGGUGCAGCAUCCGAACUGAUUCUUGGCCGGUGGCUGGACGCGGAGACAGCACCCGCCGGUCUCGCUGGCGCACCACCGCGAUCCGUCGGCGCCGCCGCCGUUGCGCUGUGUGCAUGUCGUGUCGCCCGAGUGACCGCAGUCGGUGCUCGAAACGCCCGUGGUCAUCCGACCGCACACACCCUCUGA